AUGCUCGGCCUCUCGCUGUACGCUCUCGCGGCCGACCCGCCCCCCUUCCACCCCGUCUCCAUCCCCCACUCGGGCCUCGUCGACGGCAGCUCGUCGACGGCGCUCAUCUCGGCGCUCGCCUCGUCGGGGGUCGUUGCCAUCAAGGGCAUCCCGGGCUACGCGGCCCUCCGCUCGGACAUCCUCGCGGCGACCCCGGCGUGUGCGGCGACGCCCGCCGCCGCCGCGCACACCUUCCCCGACGGCACCACCCGCCGCACGCUCGCCACGCACAGCCUUCCGGGCGCGGGCGGGGUGCAGCCCCUCGCCUCGGCCGAGGGGGAGUGCGCCGCGUUUGAGCGCGCGGCCGCGCCCUUCCGCGCGCUGGUGGCGGCCGCGACCAACCUCUUCGCCGAGCGCCUCUCCUCCUCCCUCCGCGCGCGCGCGCCCCUCCUCGUCGCGGAAGACGGGACCGAGUUCAACUCUCUGCACGACGUGUCGACGGCGGGCGAGCACCUCGAGCACUUCCACGCCUACACGCGGGCGACUCCCUCCUCGCACGGCCCCGCCUCUCCCCCGACCAUCGACCUCCACACCGACCAAGGCAUCUUCAUCGCCUUCACGCCCGCGCUGAUGGUCUCCGCCACAGGGGAGCCGGACGCGGCUGCAGACGCGGGCCGCUUCGAGGUCGGGCUGGCGGACGGGUCGCGCGCGGAGGCGCACUUCGACCCCGACUCGCUCGUCUUCCUCCUCGGCGACGGCAUCCACCAGGAGGCGGUGAUCCCCGCCUCCCUCUCCGAGAACCGCAAGACCUUCGGAACCCUGCGCGCCAUCAUG